ACGAAUAGCGACCGCAUAUGAACCGUACCUAACGUCUGUACGUGCGCAGAUGUUUUCCAAGCGUGGAUAGCGUCAUCGCGGUAAGGAUGUGGGGAAUUCCCGUGAUUUAAACAUCAACACAUAAACCUAAGACUAGACAUCAAGACUUCAAGACACGCGGGUUCAUCGUCGACAUGUUUGUUGGGAACUCACUUAUCGUGCCAGCGCUGUUCCUGCUCUCUGGUUCACUCUGUGGUGCCUCAGUGGUGGAUCCUGUUCUCACCUUUGACCACCGAGACCCGGUAACCGGAGAAAUCCUCAAAUGUCCCAAGUGUCCACCGGGCACGUUCAUGUCUGCUCAUUGCACUGCCACCACACCCACACAGUGUCAGCCGUGCAAAAAUGGCCACUUCACCGAUCUGUGGAACUACCUGCCCAGGUGUCUGUACUGCAACGACCUUUGCACAGGUAACCUGGAGGUGGAAACAGAGUGCUCCCGACCCAACAGGAUCUGUCGGUGCAAAGAAGGUUUUUACUCGGCUGAUGACUUCUGUAUCCAGCACACAGAGUGUGGCCCCGGAUACGGGGUUCAAACUAAAGGUACACAGCAGACAAACACCGUUUGUGAAAAGUGUCCAGAGGGAUAUUUUUCCAGCUCAUCUUCUGCAGUGGAUUUGUGUGUAAAACAUCAGGAGUGCUCCAGCGGGCAGAGCGUACUCCUCACUGGCUCAGCCUAUUCUGACACCGUGUGUGGCACCUGUGAGAGUCUUGCAAACGGAGGUGAGACUCUCAGGACAUUCCUCUCAGGAUUCUUCCAUGCACACAGGAUGCGUGUAGGAAAAAUCAAGAAGUUUGUUUCCAAAUACAUCCUUACCUUGUCAGAAGAGAGGUCCAAUCUCCCCAAACAGAGAGCCUCUCAUGGAUCACAUCAUAGACUGGCUGGCAAAGGCUCCAGAGGAAAAGCUGAGGAAGAUUCCCGACAUGCUAACAGCUUCAGAUCUUAACUCCAUGGCAGAAAAACUAAAGAAGAGACUCCAUGAGAUUAAGCAGCAGAACCCAAACUGCAGCUUAACAAUAGAUGAAGUAAACAAUGCUCUCUAGUCUGCAGUCCGUUACACAUUUAUAAAAACUGUAUACCUGUUUUACAAAGUUAUGUGAUAAAGCAGAAUGUUCUUUG